AUGUCCGACGACGAACAAACUGUGCCAGGUUUUCUGGAGGACGUCAAAGUAAAGUUCAUUGAGGCGAAGGUUUGUGGGCUGCUCAGACUGCACCGUCGAAAAUGGGAGGAGAGUGCUGUAAAAGACGAGUUUCAAACACUCCUGACAGACUUUCUCGAGAGGGAGUCUGUAAUAUAUUUCUGUUUGUCAAACAAAGGUUUUCUGCUCACUUCCAAAGAGGUAAGAUAUGGUCUUAUACUUUAACAUUGAGCGUUAGCCAGCUGGCUUUAGGCCUAUGUGUUGUUUACACUUAUUGUUAAGCCAACUGUAUUUAGCAUUAAGGCUUACAGAAUAAUGAAACUGACAAAUGACACAGUCUUCUGUAUUUAAUUUACUUUCCAUGAAAUAACAGGUAAAAUCCUCGUCAUUAUUUCAUGCAGGUCCCACCUGUUGCUCAACACAAGCAGAUUUAUGUCCUUAAGAAAACACGUAACACUGUCACAGCAGAAAACUUGAAGGAAAUGUUGCUUUUUGGCGUUCUGUCUCCAUCACUACUACCACAGCUGUCAAGCACAGUUGAGCAGGUGAUUGACAAACUGUUCCACACACACGCCUAUGCUUUCUCUUUCCUAUUAGUUAUCAUGUAUGGUGAAAUAUAUCUGUCUGGUUUCCUAGAUAUGUUUUCCACUGCUGUCCAACAAUAAGAAUCAUCAGAUGUGGCCAAAUUUGAUGUCUGAAGACAUCAUUCGACAUGUUGAGAGCAUGUGCGUUAAGACAUUGGUGGUACAGGGGCAGGCUAUAGGUAAAACUGUCCUCCCCAUCACAACUGUGACUGAUUGGAUUGAAAAAUCAGACACCACUGUUGCAAUGUAAGAAAAAGCAAAUACAACUUUAUUUCAGGGACUAGAUUUUUUUUACGUAUCUGAAGUAUUAACAUCUGCAUCUGUAUAUUUUCACACUCAGGUACACUAAUUAUGACAGGGCACUGGCCCAUGCAAUAGAGACCCAGGUCAUCAACUGGACAAAUCUAAUCCAGACAAUUUUAAAAGAGGAUUCAUCAGACCAACUCAUGACCGCAUGUAAUCAAGGGCCCAAUGCAGAACUGAAGUUUUGGGCGUCAAGGAAGAGCAACUUACAGGGCAUUUAUCAUCAGGCAUGCUCUCCUUUCCUACUGAUUUUCACUACAAUGUUUAAUACUUUCAUCUCCUUAUAUUCCACUUGCUUUUAAACUGUCAUUUUUUUCCUGUAGCUUUGGAGUCCCACUGUUCAGAAAAUGGCAAAGAUGUUGGAGAUAAUGGAAAGCAGCUAUCACCCCACGGUCAAGAUGCUCAUGAGAAAUGUAUUUGAUGGUACGAUAAACAAAAGGAAACUAACUCCAGUUAGCACAUUUUUUUUCCUGCAGUAUGAUAUAUUUACGUACACCUAUUAUUUCAGAGUAUGUUUUCAGUAGGUUUUUUCUUUCUUUAUGAAAAGCGCUUCAAGAAGCCAAAGACAUUGACCUCCAUCUGCAGCCACUAAACUCACAACUGUCUCAGCUGGAAAAAGAAGAGUUUCCUCAGUGGAGAACAUUACUCCCUGCACUGUUCCAUACUCUCUAUCUGAUCUGGACUAACUGCCAAGCCUAUCAAAAACCAGCACGCUUUGUGAUGUUACUGCAAAAACUUUGCAAUCUGCUCAUUGAACAAGUAGGAAUCCUUAUUUGAAACACCUAUGUUGAUAUAUUAUGUUUUUUAACACUUUUAGGAGAAGAUGUUGCAAAAAUGUCCCAACACAUUAUGAAACUGCCUGUUUUGCAUCUUCCAUUCUUUAGGCCUCUGCAUACCUCUCUGCAGAUCUUCCACUCAGAGAGGACCCAGAGGAAAGUCUACAAAUGGUGACGAGGGUCAUCAAAGUGUUUGAGUGUUUCAGAAACUGUUACCAGACUCAGAGGGAGAGGUUGUCUAGUCAUGUGAAACACGCACCCUGGGAUUUUCCAUCUUCCAUGAUUUUCACACAGUUCAACCAGUUUUUGAAGCGUAUGCUACAGCUGGAGGUGAGAUCAGAGUUGUUUUAUGUAAUCAUGUUCCACUGUGGAGUUGUUUAACUGCUUAUGUUUUAUUGGCAGGACUUAUUUGAAACAAUGCUAGACUUUCAAAGGAUGGAAAAGUUAGAAUUUGGUGGACUGAAAGGCAAACUCUACUGUGAGCAGGCUGCUCAGAUGUACUCAGAGUUUAACAACCACUGCCAAUCACUAAAGAGCAGCAAAAACAGCCCACUUGACCUUUCACAGGUAAUCCGUUUUUUGUAAAUAGUAACUUCAUGGAUUAUUAAAACACUGGUCUAAUACUGGCAUCAAUGAUCACAAACUGUUAGCUUUGUUUUCAUCAUCAACAGGAUUUUGAAACUGCAUACAAAGAUUUCAAAGUAAAGAUAGUGGACUUUGAAUGUCGCCUUGCCAACCUGCUUUGCCUGGCCUUUAAGGAUUGCUCAGGGCUGGAAUCAGCGUUCAAAGUAAGAGAAAAUAGCACAGUGGUUAUGACAAUAUUGAUUGAGUUAGAGAAUGAGAGAGAGAGUCUUUCAAGUGAAAACCAAUAUUUGUUUUUUGUCCAUUAGUUGCUAACAAUUGUUGGGCCUUUCUUGGAGAGAGGACAAAUUCGAAAGAUAUUCAGACCCAACUUUCUUCUCCUGCAGCAGCAUUUCCAAAAAGAGCUAGAGAAAUGUGAAUUUCUGUUUAAAUCCCAGCUCAACCAGGUAAUGUAAAAUAAAUCUUAAGAGCAAGCAGGGCACAAUAUGUUUUUUUUUCAUGCAAUAACUUCUUCCAGUCUCUUCUUACAGAUGGGAAGUGUCCUGACUAAAAAUGUGGUUUGCACAUCUGAGGCUUUGAAGCGUGCAAAAAUGCUCAGAGAACGCAUUCAAACAUCAUGGGAAAAACUGAAAUCACUGUUUGACAAGUUAGUGAACACACUGUUAAUACCAUGUUUAAAUGAGUUACAUGCAACGAUGACUUAGAGAUACUGUAUAUAGAUAUGGGUUUAAAAAUGAGCAAUUAUGCCAUGCAGGCAUGCAGAAGGUGAAGAAAUGCUGAGUGAGAAAUUCAUGUACAUGGAGUUGCUGGGUCUUCUGGACCAAUAUGAAGAAGACACGUACUCUAACUGGUGUAAUGGUUUAGAAGAUGACUGCCUAUUCAACCUAAACCAGCCCCUCCUCUCUCGAGAUACCUCCUCUGGCCUAAUCUCUGUCAACUUUAAUCCAAAGGUAAUAGAUGUAGUAUGCUUAAAUUUAAAUCCCUCAUUGUAAAAUACAACAUCAAAUGAUAAAUAAUAAUGAACCUUGCUAUGAGACUGUAAAGUCUAUCUGAGGAAAAAGUUAAAUUUGUGCCUCUCACAGGCCCUCAGGAUCUUUCAAAUUGGUAUGUCUGUUAUCACCAUUUACCAUAAUAGCUGCGAAAGUACAACAAUCUCUUCUUGAAUUAAGAGCAAAUCUGAUCAAAAAUAGACAAACUACUGCUCAACAGAUACAAAAAUAUAACUAAAAAGGUAUGAUGGCAGAUGGUAUUGUCAUCAGUAAUAUCUAACUUUUGUCACUUUUUUCUUAGGCUUUUGAUUAGAGGCAAAAUGUUUCACUUCUAGGAUCUUUGACUGUCAAAAUCUACCCUAUCUUACCCCUCAGCUGACUGAAGUCUUGAAAGAUGUGAAGUAUAUCCAGACUCUUAGACACAUCAAAAUCCCUGCUGCUGCAGUGUCUGUUUUCGAGAAGCGCCUCAUGUUCUCAAAAGUAAGAAACAACAACACCACUCCCUGGGUUUCCUGUUACAGUGAUGAACACCUGUUUGACUUUGAAAGUUUACAGAAUCUCUGGUGAUCUUAUUUUACUGUACAAAUCAAAAAUUAGUUUCUCUACGUUUUGUAUUUUCCAGUAUUCCAGCAGUCUGCAGUUUAUUGUGCAGUGGUAUAACAAACUGAAGCAGAUGGUGCUGGAGGUGGAACUUCCUCUAAUCAGAGCUGAGCUGGAGUCCAUAGACCUACAACUGGCAAGAGCAGAGUCUGACCUGACAUGGCAGGAUCCAGACUGCUGGAGUUUCAUAAGCGCUACAAAAGAUGUCGUCUAUGGCCUUGUGUGUCGGGUCAGCAAAGCCAAGGAAAACUGCGAAGCCAUCCAGUCACUGAUGAAGGGUUGGAGCAAACAGGUUCUGUUUGGCAGAAAAGACAACAAGAGGGGCUCGCUGAUUCAGCUGGAAGACAGAGAAGAGCGUGUCAACAAGAAAUACAGCGCUGUGAAAAAGGACGCAGACUCUAUCCACGAGAUGGUAAAAGUAAGCGUUGACUUAUUCAUGGUAAAAUUCAAACAUAUAAUAAUUGUUUUCUUGACUAUUUGUGCAGCUUAACUUUGAACUGCAGCAAAAGGGGUUUGUUGCUAAAACUUUGAAGAGGGUAUAUUACCCUUUUUACAAGAAAUAUUUAGUUAAGUAUCACAUGUUAUUACUUAACAUGGACAAAAUUUCAUAUUGUGAGUUAAUGUGCUUAAAAAUCAAAAGGACUUGAAGAGGAGUGCAGGAACAUCCCUUGUAUUUCUGUUCACCUUCUUUCCAAUUUUCUGAAAUUUCAUCAGGAGAAUAUGGCUCUUUUCCACGCGGAGCCUGAUUCAGAAGCUUGGCAGUGCUAUUUGGAGUAUGUGGAUGAGAUGUUGGUGGAGGGGCUUUUCAGCUACAUCAGCCACUCUCUUCAGUUCUUUUUGGACAACAUGGAGUCAGGGCCAAAACAAACACCUCUGUUUGAGGCUCAGUUGACACUGAGUUGCUCAGGAAUGGUCUUCCUACCCCCAUUGGAACAAGAAGCAGGAGAUGGCUUCUAUGAGUUAAUAGAGGGACUUAUCAGAGACAUAUUCAGGACUUCAGAGAACAUUAGCAGGGUGGCUGCUCAUCUUAGCAUGGAAAACUACCAGGUACACCGCUGUAAAAUGCAUGUUAGUUCCUGACAUAGUACAGGGGUUUACUUUUGUUUACCUCUGUCACAUUUCCAUCUGUAUAUUGAACAUUUUGCAAUCGUACUCAUAAUCCCCUAUUUGUGAAUUCCUUAGUUAAUCAUGAUUUAUUUGAACCCACAGCAAAAUAAAAAUCUAUCCUUCUACAAUGCUAACCUUUUUAAACCCAUUACAGAAGAUUCUUCCACAAGCAGCAGAUACCUCUUAUGAUAUAUAUCAUAUAAUGACACUCUUGCAGGAUGUGAUGGAUAACAUGCUAGAUUUGCUGGAACUGAGACAAGAAAUAAUGGAACGAGUUGAUAUCGUCCUCAAGAAAGCAAUAAACUACCAGAGAAAGUUUGACUGCUACUCCCAUCUCUGGCAAGAUGACAGGGCCGAGUUCCUCAGCCAGUUUCUUUUGUUCGGGCGAGUGCUCACAGCUGACGAGAUGGAAGCUUAUGCAGCUGAUGCCCUCUCUGAGAGCCCACCCACAAUUGAGAACUUCAAAGAGCAGGUAAAACAGUGUUAUAAUCAUGAAUAACAAUUUCCCGUACAUGGCAGAUGCCGUCAUUGUUAUUUCUGUGGUCUUUGUUUUACAGAUUGACUACUAUGAGCAUCUGCACGCUGAAAUUUCAAAGGUGAAAGACUUCAGCAUAUUCAAUGGAUGGUUUCGGGUGGAUAUCAAAUUCUUCAAAGUGCACCUCCUCAACAUUUUGAAGAAGUGGAGCUGGCUUUUUAAAGAACACCUCCUAACAUAUGUCACCAACAGGUACAGUUAACUCCUGCAGGACUUUUAGAUCCAAAAUGGUGUUGCAGCAAUUGUUUUCACCUGUUUUCAUGUGCUUUCUCACUUAGCCUUGAUGAGCUGCAGAAGUUUGUCCAAGUCACUGUUGAAGGACUUGGCCAGCCGGUGGCUAAAGGAAACCACUGUGGCUUGGUGGAAGUGAUGAGUCACCUGUUGGCUGUGAGAGACAGACUGGCAUCCACUGACAAGAUGUUUGAGCCUCUCAGAGACACAAUAAUCCUCCUGGAACAAUAUGGAGUGAUCAUACCAGACCAGGUCUAUUCUCAGCUGGAGGUAAAAAACUAAAGCUUCAUGUCUCAAAGUAAUAUGGUAAACAUGAUAGCGUAUUGACUAGGAAUAGGAAUAUGGUUUAUUUCAUGUGAGUCAAUACUUUUCUCUGUAGGAACUUCCUGAGAAAUGGAGCGAGGCAAAAAAACUGGCCAUAAAAGUGCGGCAUAAUGUGGCGCCCAUGCAGAAUGCAGAAGUUUUGGUUUUACGACGACGUUGCUUGGAGUUUGAGGUGGCUGGUUUCUUCUAGCUCUUCUAUCCAGAGGCAUAAUUUAUGCACUGUUCUAAAGUAGUUGAUUGAGUACCAAAGAGUGUUGAUUCUAAAAUGGGACUUCUUAUUUUUCAGAUGAAACAGAUCAAAUUCAGGGACACCUUCAGAGCAACGGCACCUUUCAGACGUGAUGCAGUGUGUCCCUAUGACAGUCUGGACAAAGUAGGACUCAAAGUUUUGCUUGAUUAGGGGACUCAAAAAAUUCGUAUUCCGCAGUACACUUGGAUAAAAGAUAAACUGUAAUGAUGCUUUGUUUCCUAGUCUGAAAAAGCAGUCCGAGAUAUGGAGAGAGAGCUAGCAGAGCUUCAGGAGUCCACAAAUCUGUUUGAUGUCACUAUUCCUGACUUCAAAGACAUCAAGCUCUGCAGGCGACAGAUUGUGGUCCUCAAAGAACUGUGGGACAUUGCUUUGUCAGUGCAGGUGAAUUGCUAAGAAAAUGUGAUAUUUCUAAUUUUUGUUUCUUUUUGAUUAAAUUGAAUUACAGCAGAAGAUUCCAUCUAUCUUCUACAAUAUCUCAAUAACUUGAUAACCUCCCCUCCAUAAGUCUUUCACUGAUUUUUCGCACACCCUGUAGCCUCUGAAUGUCCCCAUGAAGCACCCUUAGCCCAUCAACCCCUCUGCGUUUGUCUUUAUCUAAACAGAGCAGUGUGGAAAACUGGACAAUGACCAAAUGGAGGCAGAUAAACGUGGACCAGAUGGAUGCAGAAUUGAGAAGGUUUGCCAGGGUGAGGUCACCAACAGUGCUACAUCACACCAGCACAACUCUCCUGCUGUCUUGCUGUCAUGCACCAUUGCUGUUUGUAACAGAUGCCCCUAAUAACUAAUUAUGUUUACCUACCUUCUGUUUGUGUAGGACAUGAGGAAGCUUGACAAGGAGGCUCGCAUGUGGGAUGUGUAUUCCGGGUUAGACCUUUAUGUAAAGAAUCUGUUGACGUCACUGAGGGCUGUGAGUCAGCUACAGAACCUGGCAAUAAGAGAGCGCCACUGGGUGCAGCUAAUUAGAAUGACACAGGUGCAUAAGUACACACAGCAGAGGUCUUAGAGUACAGCAACCUUUUGGUCUUGUACGAUGGUAAUCUAAGGCCUUGCAUUGUGACAAAAAUAUCUUUUAAAACAGAUGGACUUCACUGUGACUGACUCCACCAAGUUGGGAGACCUCUUAGCUCUGCAGCUUUAUGUGCUUGGAGACAAAGUCUGCAACAUUGUGGAUAAAGCUGUCAAAGAAAUGGCCAUAGAGAAGGUUAGUCUUUAAUUAAAGACUGGGGUGAAGCCCAUCAACUGCUUUAAAUCAGGAUGGAUUUAAUGUAAUGGCUUCAGAUAAAUCUUGAUGGUUAAAACUGAGAUCUAGAGUUUUAAUUAGAGGAUGCUUAUAUGAUAAAUAAUGCCAUCAAACUAGUAUUAAUUGUGCCCAUUGUCUUACUAUAAAAAUAACACUUCCAGUGCAGACAGUUUUGGAUAGCUUCUUUAGUUCUAAAGGGAUUUAAUAGUUAUAAAAUAGUUUAACUACUAGAUGCACGAGUUAUUAUGGUUAGACGGGUAAUAGUCAGGCAUUUAAAAUUAUUGUUAGCUAAUGUUUUUUUUUUUUUUUUUUUUUUUUUUUUUUUACAGGUUGUGGCACAAAUAAGUCAAACAUGGCAAUCAAUGGAGCUUUCGUAUGAAAAUCAGUACCAAACCUCUGUGCCCCUGCUUAAAUGUGAUGAGGAAAUUGUUGAAACUCUUGAGGAUCAUCAGGUAAUUAUGCGACUAUCUGGUAUUUAUAUUAGGACUUAAUGAGCAACUUUUAAGUGAAGAAAAAUCCACAGUGGCUAUAAUACCCAACAAUAUUUUCUUGAGACCAGUCAUCUGUGAAAAGCACCGAUAGUAAAGCACUGAAUAGAGAUGAGAGUGCAGACAGGGGCCGUCCUGUCUGACUGUCAAACAGCCCAACUGAGAGCAGAGAGAUCCCCAUUGAGUCCUCAGAUUUAUAGCAGCUGUAGGACAGAGGGCAUUGUUACACUGUGCUGGUCUUUGUACAUGAACACCAGCUGUACUGGGGGGUUACAGCCAGCAAUUAGAAGUCUUGCCUCUCUGGUGCCUCCAUCUUUAUGUAAGUAGACUGCCCCCCUCCCCCACAUUUUUACGGUGUGGUACACAAAUGUGGUUGAAUGUGCACUGAAGUCAGGCUAACCUUCUAUGACCGUUUCUUACCCGCUGAGAAUGAAUCCUGCUUACAUUUCUUUGUCCUGUUCUCAAGGUUCAGCUUCAGGGCAUCUUUCAGAGCAAGCAUGUAGAUCAUUUUCUGCAACAGGUAGUGGUACUACAGAAACAGCUGACUGUGGCUGACUCUGUACUGAUGGUCUGGAUGGAGGUCCAAAGGACAUGGGUGUACCUGCAAAGCAUUUUCAAAGGCUGUGAUGACAUUUGCCAACAACUGCCUGCAGAUGCAUACAGAUUCCAAGCAAUAGACGCUGAAUUUCAGGUUUGCCACGUUGCUAUCACACAAUAAUGCACAGAUUAUUGUUUUCAUCACUAUAAACAUGGAGGUUUUGGUUCUUUCAGGAGUUAAUGAUGGACAGUGCUAAGACUAAAAACGUCAUUGAAGCCACGAACAAACUUUCUCUUUUUGAGAAGUUAGAGGAUCUACAAAAAAGGUAUUUUUUGCUUGUUUUCUUCCAAUUACAGGUUCAGCACAUAACACGUAAAUUAUAAAAUCACUAAAAUCUCUAAAGUAACUGCUUUAUUUGAGUUUAUCAAUAAAAAUGUUGUACAUACUGGUCUACUGUUGACACUGUUUAUGCUGUUUGUUCAAAUGUUAACGUAGAAUUAUUAAGAUGAUCUAUGCAUAAUCUGGCAUGAAAAAAAAACAACAACUGAACUCAGUGGGUGUGUUUUCUAGAAAAGAAACAUUAUAAUCACAUCAUAGUCAGUGACCUGUGCCAGCUUUUGCAGAGUCUCAUUGCGGGCUUUGCUCACAGUUCUGUCAUAUAUUUUCCUUCCCUGUACCACUUUCUUUGACAGGCUUGCAUUGUGCGAAAAAGCUCUUGCUGAAUACUUGGAGACAAAAAGACUUGCUUUUCCAAGAUUCUACUUUAUUUCAUCAACAGACUUGUUGGAUAUCCUCUCAAAAGGCAAUCAACCAAUAGAGGUACAUUUACGUAGAUAGUUUGAUUGUGUCUGUGCCAUCCCUUUACUUAUGUGUAUAUCAUAUAAGGACUAAUUUUCUCUUGCAGGUAACUCUUCACCUCUCUAAAUUGUUUGACAAUAUGUCAGAUCUUGACUUUGCCAAAUAUGGAGAGCUGGAAGGUCCUAAACUUGCAGUCGGCAUGUACAGCAAAGACAGGGAGUACGUCCCAUUCAUGACUGAAUGCUGUUGUCAUGGACCGGUAGGAUUCACUCAGUGUCAAGGAAUCUGAAUUAGCUAUGGCAUUAUAGGAAAUACCCUAACUCAGAGCAAUAAUGCUUGGUCUUACUGUAGGUGGAGGCAUGGCUUACUUGUCUGGAGGAGACCAUGAGAGAAAGUGUCAGGGGCCACCUGUCUGAGGCUGUGUCUGUGUAUGAGGAUCGCCCCAGAGAGCAAUGGAUUCUUGACCUUCCUGCUCAAGUGGCUCUAACUGGAUCCCAGAUUUGGUGGAGCAACGAUAUGGAGCUUGUGUUUAAAAGACUUGAGGAAGGGUAUGAGUCCGCACUGAAAGACUACAACAAGAAGCAGGUACAGCUAUGCUGAGUAAAAAUAUUCACAUGAAAGCCUUUCAAGUAAAUGCAGCAGAGUUGACAAAAAAAGGCAGAAUGAGAUCCAAAUUCAGAAACAAUAACAUUUAAAAUAUUUUAUAAAUGGGUACAGUCUGUUGUCAGGAUUAUACCUCAUCUUCAAGUUGCUGAUGCUAGAGAUAUGAGCGCGACAGCGGUAUUGAUCCAGCACUGCUAUCAUUUAUUUGUGUGUUAAAUUGGAUUACACUGUAUAAACACUAUAUCAUAAAGUAGGAUCCAAUACAACACAACCACAAACCACAACCUCAAAACCUCACAUAAAUCAACACCUCUUUGGAUAACCAGCAUUUUUGAUAAUGACACCAGUUAGGGAAGUUGACCUUAGGUUCAGAGAAGCAUCCCAAUGAUAAAAAAUACUGAAUAAAAAAGUAACUGCUUUGUUUGAGUUUAUCAAUAAAGAUGUUGUACAUACAGGUCCACUGUUGACAUUGUUUAUGUUGUUUGUUCAAAUUAAAAUUAUUCAAAUUAAAUUAUUAUUCAAAUUAGAAUUAUUAAACCGAUCUAUGCACAAUCUGGCAUAAAAAACAAACACAACUGAACUCAGUGGAUGUGUUUUCUAGAAAAAAAACCAUCAUAAUCAAAUCAUAGUCAGUGACCUGUGCCAGGUUUUGCAGAGCCUCAUUGCGGGCUAUGCUCACAUUUCUGUUAUCAUUCUUGUCAGUUUCAUCAGCACUAUUUAAGGUUAGCAUGUCCUUGGUUGCUGUUUGAAUAAUCUCUCCAUCCCUUCAGUGCACUGUGCUGCACUGAUUGGAUCUGCUGUCAAAGAGGGCUAGUGACAAAUGUAAGAUAUCCAGGGAUGUUUUGGGUGAAACAAGAACACGUAUGCUGUAGUUUGUCUUAAAAGUAGUCAGAGCUUAGACAGUGUUUUUGUAAAAUUCUCAACAUGUUUGACUGUGUAUGUUUUAAUGAAUAAAUGUAAGUAAUUUUGAGUUCUUGAAAAUGCAGCUCCAUAUGAGAUUGUUGCCAGUUCAGUUUAUUAGUAUGUUGAUCCUCGUCUAGACUUGUGUUUUUAUUUCCUUAUCUUUAACUUCUCUUUUUUUAUUUCACCAGAUUUCUCAACUCAACUUGUUGAUCGGCAUGCUGCUGGAAGAGCUGAGCCCAGGAGACAGACAGAAGAUCAUGACUAUAUGCACUAUUGAUGUCCAUGCUAGAGACAUUGUUGCCAGUCUCAUGGCCCAAAAGGUAAUGGUAACAGAAUCCUACCCUCAAUCAGCAUGGCCCUCUUUGUCCAUUUGAACUAACUACUGCAUAACACCAAGUAUAACUCAUUAUAUCAUAUCAAUAUACAGUAGGUGUGUCAAAGAAUCAAACACUUAUUCUCUAUUUUACUUUGUAAAAUUAAAGGUGAAUUUUAUGGUAGCAGAAAAAUUAAUUUUGAGUCCACAUUUACAGCAACAUCAAAAAUUUCAAAUGGUAUAAAAUACUCUUGUAAAGUGCUUGAAGAAAUACAGCGCUUGAGUUUUUAACAUUUAAUCUCACGAGAAAAACAAGAGAGGAGACAGAUGAGUUUAGCCUUUUCGUAAAAUAAAUUCAAAUUCCAACAAGUUCUCUUCGUCAGCUUGCUUGUACUACAAAUCUUGACAUUCAAUCUGUAUGACAUACUAAGUAGUGUGCAAAUAUAAUGGCAGUUAAUGUGUGUUCACAGGUCACCACCUCACAGUCCUUCCAGUGGCUUUCUCAGCUCCGGCAUUGCUGGUAUGAACAGCAGCAUCACUGCUUUGUCAACAUCUGUGAUGCUCAGUUCCUUUACUCUUACGAGUAUCUUGGAAAUACGCCACGACUAGUCAUCACUCCCCUCACAGACCGGUAAGCCUCCUGCACUCAAAACAUGUUAUUUUGCCCUACAUCAACCACAGUCAGCAUUGGCUAUACUGUUUGUGGUUCUCUGUGUGCUGUUGCCAUUGGCUUGUUUAGGUGCUACAUCACCUUAACUCAGUCACUCCACCUGGCGAUGGGCGGAGCCCCUGCAGGCCCCGCUGGAACCGGAAAGACUGAGACCACUAAGGAUCUAGGAAAAGCACUGGGUGUGAUGGUGUACAUCUUCAACUGUUCUGAGCAGAUGGACCACAAAGUAAGAAUUCAGAAGUAUAAAUUUAAGUGUUUUUUUUUCUUGUAUGGGUGUCAUAUUUAACAGUUAUGAGCAUAUUUUGUUGUUUUGGUUCAGUCCAUUGGAAAUAUCUACAAAGGUCUGGCCCAGACUGGAGCAUGGGGCUGCUUUGAUGAGUUCAAUCGUAUUGCAGUAGAUGUCCUGUCUGUGGUUGCAGUGCAGGUCAAAACUAUCCAGGAUGCCAUUCGCUGUGAGAAAAAAAGGUAACGAAUUAAAAAUAAAGACAUGAAGCUGUAAUUCUGUAAAAGUGAAAAAUGGACUAAAUCUCUUUACAAUCUCUCAGGUUUCAAUUCCUUGAUAAAGAGAUUGUCUUAAAACCCUCAGUGGGGAUUUUCAUCACAAUGAACCCUGGUUAUGCAGGCAGGACAGAGCUACCUGAGAACCUCAAGGCUCUCUUCAGGUACGAGAGAUAUGAUAACUUCAUUUACUAUGUGUCUUUACCCAGCAUAAUGGUCUUUGUUACUGCCGUCUAUGUCUUACUUUAGACCCUGUGCCAUGGUAGUACCAGACACUGAACUUAUCUGUGAGAUCAUGCUGGUGGCAGAAGGCUUCCAUAGUGCCAAGCUCCUAGCCAGGAAGUUUAUCUCUCUGUACAAUCUCUGCAAAGAGUUGCUCUCCAAACAGGUAUGAGAAAAUGACUUAAUGGUAUUUCAUCAUAUUUCAUUACCUUGGGUAAAAAAAAAAGCAGCACAGCAAUAAAUAAAUAUAAUAGUCCAAGAAUACUCAUUUCACUCCAUUAGAACCACUAUGACUGGGGUCUGCGUGCUGUCAAGUCUGUUCUUGUAAUGGCUGGGACGCUGAGAAGGAGAGACAAGAGUAGACCAGAAGAUCAGGUAAAUCUAAAAUAUGCGUUAUCUCCGUUGGAAGAAGCAAAGUGUUUGUUUUUAUAUUUUUCAUGUAUGUUAAUAUUACUUUCUAGGUGCUGAUGCGUGCGCUGAGGGACUUCAACCUGCCUAAAAUUGUGACCGAGGAUGUGAUCAUCUUCUUGGGACUGCUGGGAGACUUGUUUCCAGGCCUGGAGGUGGAGAGGGAGAGGGACUUUGAAUUUGAAAAGGCCAUUCGCAAGUCCACACUGGAGCUCCGACUCCAGCCGGAGGAGACGUUUAUCCUUAAGGUUUGACACAGUGUUGUGUCACUGAUCAGUGCUUGAAAUAAGGAUGUUUUUCUAAACACUUCUUUUGUCAGGUGGUGCAGUUGGAGGAACUCAUGGCAGUGCGUCACUCAGUUUUUGUUCUUGGAAAUGCAGGGACUGGGAAAAGCAAGGUUGUGUCGUAUUGCCUCAAAGGUUAUGAAAUGGAUGCCCCAGACUGAAUUGUAAGGCACUUCCAAUUAACUUUAUUUUUCUUGCCAUAGAUAUUGAGAGUUCUUCAUAACACUUAUGUAAACUUGAAGAGAAAACCAGUGUGGAACGACCUCAAUCCAAAGGCAGUGGAUAGGGAUGAAUUGUUUGGCUUUAUCCAUCCUGCAACUCGAGAGUGGAAAGAUGGUAAUAGAGCAGGCCUUCAGAAGGAAAUUAGAGAAUUAUCACACAUUACAUGAACCUGUGGUAACUCAUAUUGGAAGUCUGUAAUCAGCCUCUUUUUGUGUUCUUUGAUCUCUGUAUAAGGUUUGCUUUCAUCACUUAUGCGAGAGCAAGCAAACAUCUCCCACAAAGGACCUAAGUGGAUUGUGUUGGAUGGAGACAUUGAUCCGAUGUGGAUUGAAUCACUCAACACAGUGAUGGAUGACAACAAGGUACCUCCCUCCUGGUCAGCCAUACACUAUUGUACAACACAUAGCAACCGAGGUGGUAGAGUUAGAAAAAGAUGUUUCUUUCUCCCUCCUUCGGCAAUCACUUCCUAGGGUGUGAGUACUUAGAGGUCUUUACCCAGAGCUAUGUAUCAUGUCGCAGUGAUCUUGUUCCUUUAAUACUCCGAAGCAAAUCUGAUCAAAUUGUGAACCUGGAAAUGUGUCUGACUUACCAGCCAUUGAAAUAUUAUCACAUAUAUUCACUUGUGACAUGUUUUAGGUUCUGACUCUGGCCAGUAAUGAGCGUGUUCCACUGACUUCCUCCAUGAGACUGGUGUUUGAAAUCAGUCACCUUCAGACGGCCACUCCUGCCACUGUGUCCAGAGCAGGAAUUCUCUACGUCAACCACUUGGACCUGGGCUGGAACCCGUGAGUUACACAAUUUUCAUUCACAUCAUACUAAAAUGUGUUUGAGGUAGUUUCUGUGGUGGGGAUUGUGUGAAAUCAUCGAAAUACUCCCAGUAUGAAUUUGAAUAAACAUGGUGUGCUUCAGAACAAUUAAAGUCCAGAUAAGCAACAUAAAGUUGUAAAAACUUUGACUGUUACUCAGGUAUGUUACAAGCUGGAUUGACCAACGAGAACGCCAAACAGAAAAGGCCCACCUCACCAUCCUGUUUGAAAAAUAUGUUCCUCGCUGUGUGGAACAGAUGCGAAACACCUUCAAAACUGUAAUUCCAAUCCCGGAAAACUCCAUGGUGCAGGUAAAAAAAAGAAACAAGCACAAAUUACAGCAGAUUCAUUGCCUAUUUAGGAUGCCAAUACAGGUACAAAUUAUGAUAAAAUUAUCAUUUCAUUCUCUUUCAGACACUCUGCACUUUGCUUGACUGCUUCCUUGUGCCAGAAAAUAUUCCACCUGACUCUCCACGUGAGCUUUAUGAGACCUAUUUUACUUUUGCCUGCAUCUGGGCUUUCGGUGGAGCCCUGUGUCAAGAUCAGGUACUAGUAUGUUUUUUUUUUUUUCUCAUCUGAUGCUGAGGACAGCUUAGGAAUUUGGAUUAUGUCGUCUUUUACGUGUCUACUUUUACAAGACAACGGUCAGCUGAUGUGCACAAAGAUACAUAAUUCCCUAUGAAUUCCUCUUGUUAAUGGUCCACUUACUUAUCAGUUCACUCACUCUUGAUGCUGUCUUUGUUCUAUUGUCAAAAAUGUAAGUAUGGGGAAAUCAUGACCAAGGUUAAAUCCGUAAUGUCAGAAGACUAGGAAUAGUAUAAUUUUAUCUGUAGUAAUAGUAGGGUUCUCUGUUGAAACUACGAACUAUAUAUCUUCUUUGUGUUUUAGCUCUAUGAUUACCGUGUAGAGUUCAGCCGGUGGUGGACCAAAGAAAUGAAGACAGUGAAGCUACCAGCACAGGGUACAGUGUUUGACUACUACCUUGACCCUCAAACCAAACGCUUCCUGCCAUGGAGCGAUACUGUACCUCCAUUUGAAAUGGAGACCUGUAUGCCACUACAGGUAAGAACAUUCAAGCCACUUCAGAGAGGGCGUUGAAUCCUCACGUAACUACACAAUCGCAGACUUUAAAAAGUACUUUGACUUAUAAUCACAUACACAAUCAAAAGUAGCAGCCCUAAUUAAGAAAAAUUUACCAAAAAUGAACAAUGCAGUCAUAUAAAAAUAUAUGUAAGCCUCAGUGAACAUAAUAAGAGAGGGCAGAGUCACAUCAUGAGGUUAUGGUAGGGUUGCGAGGAUGGAUGAUGGGCUUUCCACUGUGUCUGAUUACCAUCUAUCGCACCCCAUACCAGACUGUGUGGGGGUGAAGGCAUGAGCAACAAGGCUUGAGCUGUCACCCACGCGCUAUUGUCUUUCUUUAUGCUCCUGCGUACAGCUGUGAAUGCUCCAAAGGCUCUUGCUGAGCCAUAAUUAGUAGGGUUUUGUUCUGAGCAAAUGAUGCUAUUAUGACAGAAUAGUUGUAGUGUACUGGGAAAAUACAAGAAAUUAUAAAUCACAUACAACUCACUGAACACAUGUCUGUCAAUAAAUCACACUCAAAGAAAGCCAUAAUAACUAUGUAUGUUUCUGCUCUCUGUCUCCCCGCUGGUUCUAUGAUUGCAGGCUGUUGUGGUGCACACAGCAGAGACUCUGCGUCUUCGCUACUUCAUGGACUUGUUGCUGGAGAAGAGACAGCCGCUGAUGUUUGUGGGGAACGCUGGAGUGGGGAAGACUGCACUUGUCAGGAACAAGUUAGACUUUCUGCCAGAGAGUUACAUGACUACAAAAAUACCUUUUAACUACUACACUACCUCCCUCACACUGCAAGGUUUGUGGGCUUUUGGGAUUGUUCUGUAGUUCAUAACAGCACAUCAGGUAAACUGUAGCACCAUCUGCUGGUAAUUUUCAGAUUCAUUAAGCUUGAAAGGAGACAAAACUUUAGCAUUGGGUUUGAUUGCAACAUAACCAAAUUGUACAAUAACCCUCACAAUUUUAUUUAAUUAGAUUUAGGAAAGAUUAUACCAGGACUUUAAAAGAAAAAGUACCUCUGUUUAAUUAUGAGAGCGAUAAAGUCCUAUAUAUCCUCAUCUUAACAUCAUAAGAGGAUGGCCUUUAUGGCAUCCAUUGGUUUGAAUAUUUCUGCUGUUCUUACUUGAGGAUUUGUAAUAUAGAUGUACCUCAUUAUUUGCCACUCUGCUCUUUAUCUUAAUACUUUUUAAAUAGAUAUAUAUGUGUACCAUGUAAAUAAUAACCUCUUGCCUUUACGAAUUACAAUGUCUGAAAAUGUAGCCAAAUGUUGAGUCUUUUUUUCUGGUGUUUUGAAAAUUGAUAAUAUUUACCCUGUGUGGCACCAGUAGUUUGAGUUAUCUGUUCAUUUUUUUCUUCUUUUCUAGGGAUCUUAGAGCAAUCAUUGGAAAAAAGAGCAGGUCGAAGCUAUUCUCCUGUGGGUAACAAGAGGAUGAUCUACUUUAUAGAUGAUUUGAACAUGCCGGCUGUUGACAGUUUUGGAACAGUGCAGCCUCACACACUCAUACGCCAGCAUCUGGAUUAUGGUCACUGGUGAGGGGGGUCCUGUAAACCUCACUGUAGUUUUUCUGUUAAGUGUUGGAGUCUUUCACCAAACUACAAAAUGAGCUAGUGAUUAAACCAAACACUUUCAUUUUCUUUCCUACUUUGUACAGGUAUGACAGACAGAAACUUACACUGAAAGAAAUACACAAUACCCAGUUUGUCGCCUGUAUGAAUCCAACUUCUGGAAGCUUCAAUAUCAACCAAAGACUACAGGUUACUCUCUGGGUUAUCUUUCUUGACGAUACAGAUUGAUUUUCUUGUUUUGCCAUCUUGUUGACUGUCAUGGUUGUUAGUAUUGUACAGUUUUAGUUAUAAAGUACAAAAACCAUCAGUUGAGGAACUGUUCAAAUGCUGUCGAAAAUGUUCAGCCAGUGUCCUAUUAUAGUGAUUACUCACAUUAAAAAACUUAUAAGAGACAAAAAUUUAUAUUUAUUUGGCUUUAAGAAGCACUGAAAGAAUCACUUAAAAACACAAUAUCUAUACUCAGCAUGAAGCAGCGUGAAAUGAAUGUCUUUGGUGAUUAAGAAGCUGCAGCUACUAUUAAAAAAACAACCCUGUGAUUUUUUUUUUCCCAAAUGAAAAAAAAAAUUGAUUUUAAAGUACCUGCUCAGUAGAUUUCUGAGGAUAGAUUAAAGUCAUCCCUUGAAAAGUGUCUAUGAUUUCAUCCUUAUACACUGUUUUACAAGCUAUCAUCUCUGAUUAUACCCUGCUCUAUACAGAGACAUUUCUCACUGUUUGCGGUGAACUUUCCUUCCUCUGAGGCCCUGAUGUCCAUCUACACACCCAUCCUGUGUGGCCACCUGAAGCAAAAACGCUUCAGUCCACAAGUUCAGAGGACUGCUACAGCUGUGAUCAAAGCUGCCAUAAGUUUUCAUCACAAGAUGCUUCGCAGCUUUCUGCCCACUGCCAUCAAAUUUCACUACACAUUUAAUUUAAGAGAGUUGUCCAACGUCUUUCAGGUAGUGUUGCCAGUCAUCGGUAAUCUCAGUUAUCACAGUAUACUUCUGAGUGUGGUUUUGGUUUUUAUGAUUAUCUGUGUGACUCAGGGCAUCCUCUUUGCUGGACCUGAAAGUGUGAAAGAGAGCACUGACCUGGCACUGUUGUGGCUCCACGAGUCCUGCAGGGUGUACUCAGACAGACUGGUAGAUGUCACGGACCUGCAGCUCUUCCGGAGGCUCCAGAUGGAGACUGUGCAUGAAUGCUUUGAGGUGCAACACAGAUUCUGAUAAAUAAACCGUAUGAAUUUCUGUUUUUCGCCUUCUGAUCUCAACAUACACUCAAAGAUUUAAAUGAUUUAUUAUGCUUGUCCUCUUUCAGGGACUGGAGGACAAUAAGGUGACAAAGCAGUCCCUCCUCUAUUGCCACUUUGCCCACAAAAGCGAUGAAGCCUCCUAUACGCGUAUUACAGACUGGUCUGCCCUCAAGUCCAUCCUCACAGAUGCUCUGGAGAGCUACAAUGAGCUCAAUGCAGCCAUGAAUCUUGUGCUGUUUGAGGAUGCUGUGGAGCAUAUGUAAGCAAAGCUGGUUUCUAUGGUGUAAUUAUAGAUAUAAGGGUUCUUGGUGACAAUAAAAGAUUUUCCUCGGAAAAUGAUAAUUUGACAACAAACAAACAACAUAAAAUUAUUGAAGAAAGAAAGAAAACGGGUAUAUAUAUGAAACUUAAUGAAAUCUAAAAAAGGAAGCUGAUCGCAGGAAAGGAGAUUAAUAAGUUAUUAAACAUCAUUCAAAGCUUCCAUGCUAAUGUGAAGAAAGAAUAUGAAGAAUUUUAGAUUGUACAACAUUUGGUUGAAUAUAUACAUUUUGUGACAUAACAAGAUUGUGUUGUUAACAGCUGUCGCAUCAGUCGCAUCCUGGAGUCCCCAAGGGGUCAUGCCUUACUGGUUGGAGUGGGAGGCAGUGGGAAGCAGAGCCUGACUCGGCUGGCUGCCUACAUAUCCUCAGUGGAAAUCUUCCAAAUCACUCUGAGCAAGGGUUACAGCAUCCAAGACCUCAAGGUAAUUAUUUAGUUGUAAAGAGGUUUGUUGGUUACAGCUAAACAAAACAUAGUCUGACAGAAAAUAAGGAAAUUAAUGUUCACAAGAGGGCUGAAAUACUUAUUUUUAAACCGUAUUCUCAUGCUGUGGAAUUCAUCCGCCCUCUUCUGUGCACGAGUCUCUGUAUUUUCUGACAAACUUGAUGUAUGCCAUCACCUGCACCAAGUUACAAGGACUCACAGUGCUCUGCAAAGGAGAUCUGCUUUUGUUUGAGUUACUAGUAUAGAAUAGAAUAAAAUAGAAUAUUCCUUUAUUGAUUCCCCAUGGGGGAAGUUUUUUUGUCACAGCAGCAUCACAGACAAAGAUGCAGUUAUAAAAAUACAGAUUGUUAUAUUAAGAACUUAAAUAAAUGUUAUAAUUAAGAAAAAAAUUAGAAAAAGGAAAAGGGAGAAGAAAAUAAAACUAUAUACAAUAUACACAAUUUAAAUGCCAGAAAAAAGUGGUGGUGUGAGUCCAGUUUUAUUACAGUUCAUUGUAAAGUCUUAUUACAGAGGGGAGGAAUGACCUGCAAUAGCGCUCCGUCUUGCAAGCCGUCCUAUAAUCUACUUAAAUAUGUUUUUAAGAAAAUGAAAAGUCAUUGAGAAACAUGUUUGCUGGAAAUCCUUCACUCAUCCCAGAUCCUUUACAACAAUGUCUCUUUGUCUCAUUGAGGAUGAUGAUGUAGUACAGUUCUGCUGAGCUUCUCCACUGACACAGGAAAUACUUGUCCAAUACUAUUUAAAAACCACCAGGAAACGUUUCAAUGUCUGAUUGAUGAAACAAGUUUGUCAAUUGAAUCAAUAAGGAGCCUCAUCAUGGGUCUUGUGCUCCAUCACUGAUAAUCAUUGGUGCUUUUGUGGUCUUUGUGUCGGUGUAAACGUUGUACUGUUGCAGUCUAUUCAUGCCAUGUGUGUUUACUCUUAGAUGGAUCUAGCAGGCCUAUUUCUCAAGACUGGAGUGAAGAACCAGCGAGUGGCUCUACUCCUUACUGAUGCACAGAUACCUGAUGAGCAGUUCCUUGUGACUGUGAAUAAUUUGUUGGCGACAGGUCAGCACCACAAAAAUCGUACAAUGUUUCAUCUGUUUGCGCUAGAAAAUGAUCUGCCGUGGUUAGAUGUUGUAUUCUCUUCAUGAAUUUUCAUCAUUAAGCAGUGACUGUGCAUAUUUAAAUUUGUGAAGAGAAUAUUGAUCGGCUCAUCAUGAUGUCUGUUAUGAUUACUCCUUAGGAGAAAUUCCUGAACUGUUCACUGAGGAGGAGAUGGAAGGUAUCGUGUCAGAUGUGAGAGCUCAGGUCCGAGCGCUCGGACUGCUGGACAGCAGGGAGAACUGCUGGAGAUUUUUUACAGACCGAGUUAGGCUACAGCUUAAGGUAUAGUCUUUCACAUUUUCCUUCCAAAUAACAUCACUAUUCAUUAAUGUUUGCACCCAAAUCAGUUGGAUUAAAUUGUUUUUUUUUUUUUUUUUUUUUUUUUUUAAUUAAGGUUUUAUGAAAUUUGGAUUAACUCUGUAUCUGCAAAAACUCAAAGACUUAAAGGUUAUUAUUUUGUUCAGUCUGACAACUUAACUAAAAGAAGAUCAUGUAUUUCAGAGGUAAUAUGUUAAAAUAAACUGUUGCUCUGUGGUCUGUUGCUUACGUUAAAUUAUAAUGUUACUUUUGCAGUUAAAUCAGACUGUCAUCGGAACUAAUUGCAUUAUGACUGUCAGCCUCUGUUUGUCUGUGGGCUACCUGGUUUUUCAAUAGACUAUGUUAAAACAAAUCUGUGAGCUAACAGUUAAUAGAAACAUUAAGAAAUUAAAAGCACAGCUGCUGUUCAGUGUUAUUAAAUGUGUUUAACAUGCUGGACUAACGGAGCCAGAUGAACUAGGGGGUUAAAAGGAAGGAAAUUCUUGUCUCGGUACACAUGCGUGCCAUCCAGCUAAUGACUAUGCCAGGGCCUCUGGUAGCGUCACCGUCUGUUACAGCCAACAGGGGAUGUGGCUGCCUGUCCUCAUGCCAGAGUGAUGAAAGUGGGGGCACAGACGGCUGCCAGUUAUGGUUUUCCUUUUGAAUGUUUAAGCACUGUCUAUAAACAGGGAUGAUUUUCAGAUGUAUUCUUGGCUAUGUCUUGUCAAACUCUAGUAUGUGGAUACAUGUUUGUAAAAACCCGUUUCUGUAUGUCUAACUGAGUAUCUCUUUGUUUCCUUGCUUUCUGCCUUGUAGGUGGUACUGUGUUUGUCUCCAGUGGGCAGCACCCUUCGUGUUAGAGCCCGUCGAUUCCCCGCUCUUGUUCAAUGCACCACCAUUGACUGGUUCCACCCUUGGACCCCAGAAGCUUUGCAGUCAGUUAGCUUUAGGUUUAUUCAAGAGAUUGAAGGAAUUGAGGUAAGGUUUUUAUCUCUCACAACCCAACCUUUCUAUUAUUCCUGUAUUUUAAUUUUUCUGAGUCCUUGCUUUCCCUUGCACGAGGAUACAAUAUAAUAUCAUUGCAAAUAACGAUACUUGUUGUCAGAGAUUCAUCUAUGGGUGUAACAUACAGGAGAGUUUACCAUGUACCUCCUCAUUCUGGACUGAGUUAGACUUAAAUGAACGCCAUCUAAUUAUAACAGUGCAGCUGGAUUAACUUCUCCAUAGAUCCCUCAUCAUUAGUUCUCAGCUGAGGUUCUGACAAAUUGCUGAACACAUGCCUGGAGACUCACAGUGAGUGCAGGCAUAUCAUUGUUUUCCAUCAUAGCAGUGGAACGAUCACAACCCAGAAUCAUUUAUGUUAAUGAGAGAAGAGUGAUUAAGCACAUAACGACCCACUAAGGAGGCACAGCUGUCACAACCAGGAGAGUGUCAUCACAUUUGUGCCAGACUGUUACUUUCCGCUGCACACUGUCCAUGCGCGGAAGUUCAGGUGAAGCAGAAAAAGUGGUGUAAUUGUCGCUGUUUUGUUAUUAAAGCAUUAGUCAAAAAAAUUACAUAAGUAAAGGCUUGUUUAGUAUCAAAGAUUUUAGAGUCUGGAAUUUUUUUUUUCAGCAGCUGUAGAUUAAUAUGCAAGUAUUAUAGUAGUUUCAGCAUUUGGUGGAUUGAUACAUUAAACAAUUAGUAAAGAACUAAUGAGAGCAACUCUUUCAGUGUAUUCCCUCCAUCCCCUUUGAAUCCUUUCUAAAAAGUAGUUGUAAUGAUGAAAUAAAAAAUUGUUGUCUUUGUUACCAAUGCCAAGAUACACAAAGAUACAAAGAAGAGCACACAUCAAACAACUAAGAGUGUUUUUACAGAAAGGAUUUUGAGUUUUUGCAAAGUAUGAAGUUAAAGGAGGUGACAAAAUGAGAGACAUUACUGUAUCGUAAAAUACACAGAGUAUUUAUUUUUAUUAAAGAUGUAGGGCAAUGAGAAAUGAAAUGAUCAUUUAUUUAAAGUUAGGAAUGCACAACCCACUGGCAGUUGUCAAAGAGGCCAAUCAGUUAAAACAUCUUGCAUCUGAAGCGAAUGUAGGAUGCUUUGUCAAAAAGCAUAAUGUCAGAUCUUAAUUAAUAAUGAUUUUUUUCCUACUGGCUCCAUGGUCAUUAACAAUGGCUUUUUGUGAGUUAUGGUGAGGUUUGAUCCUCUGUAUUCUCUGCUCAUUUGUUUUUACUUUAAUUGAUCACUACCUGCAUGAUUAAUCCAGGCUCUGUGUCAUUGAGCACCACAUGAUAAAUACCUAGUUUGAAUGAAGCACAACAGCAGCUAUAGACAGUGUUUAGAAAGUUAGAGGACAUCAGAGAUAAUGUAAACAGUGUGCAUGAAUAACAAACUGUAUGUCAGUGGUCCAAACACAUUAUUUUCGCAGGGGUUUCAAAGCCUAAUCAUUCCUGCAAGCUGCACCUAAAUUUCAGAUUGAGUAAGUCAGGGCCAGCCGAGGAAGAUGGCAAAACUUGUAGAUGAAUUCAAAAUUUAUGAAGAUAAUAUUUCAGUCCCCAUCAGGUUGGGGAUGUUAAACUCUACUCAAUCCCACUCGCCGCGUUCUCCCUCUCCCCCCUUGUCUGCUUAUUUUUACAGCCUGCCGUCCAGGAAUCCAUCAGUCUUUUCAUGGCCUACGUUCACACCAGUGUCAACCAGGCAAGUGAAAAAUACCAGCGCAAUGAGAAGAGGUACAAUCACACCACCCCCAAGAGCUUUCUCCAGCAAAUCACCCUGUACAGGAACCUUCUGGAGAAGAGCAGGGCUCAGCUCCAGCACAAGAUGAACAGACUUGAAAGUGGCCUUCAAAAACUCCAAACCACUGCCACUCAGGUAUUAACCUUUUAUUGUAUACAACAGUAAUAUCAGGAUUUGUUUUGGUUGAGCUGGAGUAGAAAAAACAGGAAUGGUACUAUUGCUUGUUUUUUUAAAUGUAGGCUUCACCUAACACUGAUGUAUGCAUGAACAUGUCGUCCCCCUAUUUUAGGUGGAGGAUCUCAAAGCUAAAUUGGCAUCUCAAGAAUCUGAGCUGACCUUUAAAAAACAGAAAAUUGAGGCUCUGAUUACAAAGAUUGGACUGCAAACUGAGAAGGUUAGCAGCAAGAGGGAGGCGGCAGAUGUUGAGGCACAAAAGGUGAGAUGUGCGACCAUAUAUUGGUUUUUGCACCUUGAGUGUACAGGUUUUUAUUACACAACACUCACAAAAUUCCCUUUUGUUAUUCAUGGUUGCUUUGCACAGGUUGCCGUCAUCCAAACAGAGGUCUCUGCCAAACAAAGGGAUUGUGAAAAUGACCUACUGAAGGCAGAGCCAUCACUGACAGCUGCCACAGCAGCACUCCAUACUCUCAACAAGGUUCUUAAUUUUACAAGCCAGGACAAAAUGCGCCAGAUCUUCAGUCCCCCUAAAAUAUAUAAAUAAUUAUGGUCACUGUUUUAUUUUUUAGGUGAAUCUCACUGAGCUGAAGGCAUUUCCCAACCCUCCAGCUGCAGUGAUCAAUGUCGCAGCAGCUGUGAUGGUUUUGUUAGCUCCCCGCGGUCGAGUGCCUAAGGAUCGGAGCUGGAAGGCGGCACGGGCCUUCAUGGGCAAGGUUAAGCUGUCAUCAUGUCAAUCACAUCUGCCUGAUUAAUGCCAAUCUAAUUUGUGACUAAGCCUUGACCCUGGCCCUGCCCAGCAUCUCUUCAAAGCUCACAUUACAGCUAGAUGGCUUUAUGAAUAUGCUCAGUCAGAGGGGGGGGGGCAAGUGUGCCUCAACCUUUGACUGUUAUUAAUGGGAGUAUGGCCUCAGAGGAUACAUUUCUAAUCUGUAAAAAUGUUGGAUUAGGGUGAAUUAGGGAUCCGUGCCUUGAUGCCUUAUGUUAUUUUUACACACAAGGUUUUUGAAUGUGUUGUUGGCUCUUGAUUUCUAUAAAGGAAGAAACUUUGGGACAACAUAAACCUACAGUGACUUUUAUUGGUGUGUGGCUAUAGGUUGUCAACAGACAAUAAAAGGGAAGUCAAUGCCAACAGCUGUAGAUGUAAAUAACAAUGAUCAAAACAGACAGAUUUUUCAAAGAAUUAACAAAUUCAGAUCUUCACCUUUCUGAUUUUUUUAGUUCAACCUCAAUAAAUGUCAAUAAAGAUGACGUAUUUUUAAUUUCAUAGAGACAUACAUUGUAAUUCAAAGUUUUAUCAAGGCUGUUUAUGAUAUUUAUAUGUCUAAUUUCUAGAAUUAUAGCAUCUGAUAUUAACAUUAGCCUUAAGUUCUAGUGCAAGUAUUAAUGUAGCUCCUGAUUUUAUGUACCAGGCUGAUGAUUUCCUGCAGGCUCUGAUAGCGUAUGACAAGGAGCACAUCCCUGAGUCCUGUUUGACUGUGGUGAAAAAGGAGUAUCUGAGAAACCCAGAGUUCCACCCUGAUCUAGUCCGGACCAAAUCUACAGCUGCAGCUGGUCUCUGUGCCUGGACUAUUAAUAUCGUUAGAUACUAUGAGGUCAGUUAAUGUUUUCAUACGUGUUUUUCUGGAGUUUGUCCUUCACUUUUUUUUAUUUUCGGCAAGGAAAUUGCUUCUUGAUUAUUGUAUUUUUUCAUGCCCACUUCUUUUUUUUUUUUGCAGAUUUAUUGUGAGGUUAUUCCAAAGAGGCAUGCAUUAUCACAGGCUAAUACUGAACUCGAAAUAGCAACUGCCAAAUUGUCAACAGUUCAAAAGAAAUUGCUGGUGAGUGCCAAGUUAUGAUUAUACUCAAUUAAGUCACUUAGUCUAAAAGCUACAUUCUGUUAAUGGUUUCCAAAUUCAAUUGCUUCCUUUGGUUUGUUUCUUCAGGACCUUGAUACCAGCCUCCAGGGCCUAACAGCUCAGUUUGAAAGGGCUAUAACUGAGAAAAUCAGCUGUCAGGAGGAGGUGCUGUGUACCACCCAGACUAUUGAGCUGGCCGACCGACUAGUCAAAGGCUUAGAGGUAAACAAGGAGAGAUGGAGGAGUUAUAGGUCUCACUAAGGCUUACCUGGCAUAAGGUACAGUGUCUGCACAGAGGCAUGCAUGAAGAGAGGCUGGUGCAUGAUGGAAUUGCACCAGUAAUCUGGACUGGAAGUUGUUAUGUCCUGGCAAGAUACUCUUAUGGAUGUGUGGGUAGAUCAGGCAGAGGGAGAUUUUACAGCCUGACCCAGCAGCACACUGAUGACUUGUGAGACAGGUAGACAGGGCUGGGCCAUAGAGAACGCAUGGCUGAACUGGGCAACUGGUCGUCUGAACGUUUUCCAAAUUGAGAGGAUCAGAAACACAACAAUAACACUGCUCUCUAUCUGUGCGGGUCUGGUGUGAAUUUUCUGUAUCCAUGUGAAUGUGUGAGUGUGUGUUUUUACAUGUUUGUGCUUGUGCAUGUGCACUACUUUGUGUGUGGUGGAACUAAAAUCAGUUCUCCAGGUUUUCUCAUCAAAAACAAAAGCACUCAAGGGGAACUUAAGAAAUAUGAAUAUAUGAACUACACAAAGAUUGAAUGUUGCAUGUUUGCUAGAUAUUAUACUGAAAUUAAGCUUUCCUGUAUAUUCAUUAUUCAAGACAUCAUAUCUGUUAUCCUUAUGAAUGCUAAUACAAAAUAAAAGAUGGUCAUUUCAGUGGCCAUUUUGUAACUUCGACUUUCUAAUUCCAGAGAAUAAAUGUGGUUUGCAUGAAACAGCUUGGCUUUUAAGCAUAUCAAGAUAAAUGUUUUGUCUUUAUGGCAUUGACCUGGAAGCAAUAGUGUUCAGACUAAUAAAUCAGGCCGUCUAUGUUUAAUCAUUAACUUACCUCAAAGACUCAACAGCUGUUGGAAAUUAACAAUGUCUCACCCCAGACUGAGUGAUAUUACAGGCAAUCCAUAAUACAUUAGAGUAAAAUUAUAGUGAUUUUUAACUGUCUGAGAAUUUAUUAUGUGACAUAUUCUGGAUCCACAGCCCCUUGUAAGAAAAUGCCGUGCAUGAUUUAUUGUUGUGGGGCUGUCACAGUCAUAGUAUUGAAGGUUGAAAUUAAUGCUGAAUUAAUGCUGAGCGAAUCUACAGCCAACUUCCAAAGCUAUUUCGAGGGAUUGUUGUUGAAUGCUUUACUGCUUAUAUCUUCUUAAUUUAAACAAUGAAAGGAAAGGGAAGCUGCUCCGACUGUGGAUGCUUUUUUUUUCUUUAAAUCAGUCUUGCUGUAAAGAAGGUUUCUUUGUGUGUCCCCUGUGUUUGUUGAAUGAUAUCCAAGUCUGUCUGUGUCUCUUGCAGUUAGAGAAAGAGCGCUGGUCAAAAGCAAUAGUUCAAUACGAAAAGCAGCAGAAAACCCUGUGUGGUGAUGUCCUCAUCACUUCAGCAUUUGUUUCCUAUAUGGGCUACUUCACCAAGUGGUACCGAAUGGAACUCCUUCACAAGACAUGGAUCCCCUUCCUUAAGUCGCAGAAGGUGAGGCCAGUUUUUUUUAUAAUACAGUUGUUCACAGUGUAAGAUAGUCCUCUCUACAAACAGCCUGCAGAAUCUAUGAGCUAGAACUUAUUGUUUUGCCACACUUCCCCAACUAGAGUGACAUCAUUGCUGGUUUUCUGUUCCAGGUCUCUGUGCCCCUGACAGACGGCCUGGAUCCAAUCCUCAUGCUUACAGAUGAUGCCACUGUGGCUGCCUGGCAAAACCAGGGGCUGCCAAAUGAUAGGAUGUCCACUGAAAAUGCUGCCAUCCUGACCACCAGUGAGCGUUGGCCACUCAUCAUUGACCCACAGCAGCAGGGCAUUAAGUGGAUCCGAAACCGGCAAGGACCAGAGCUGAGGGUGGUGCAGCUCGGACAGAAAGGGUAUGAGGGCCUGCAUCAUAAACUUCUGUUCUUAAUCACAAUGUGCGUUGAUAGUUGAAAAAAAAAUAAAUAACUGAACUGCUUUUGCAUUUCUUUUAAGAUAUCUAGAUGUGAUUGAACAAGCCCUUGCCUGUGGUGGUACAGUUCUGAUAGAAAAUCUGCCCGAAAAAGUGGACCCAGUCCUCGAACCUCUUUUGGGCAGAAACACCAUCAAAAAAGGAAGGUUUGUACUGAGCCUGAAUCAUAAGAUUAACAUUGUUGUUUAAAAGAACCACACAAAUAAAUGACUCAUCAAAUCAGCCUCUCGAUAGAGAAUUCUUGGUUUUGUAAAGGCUAUUUAACAUAGAUCUUUGAGGAUCAAUAGAUGGUUGUAGUAUCCAUGUUAAAUCCCAAGUUGAUAUGCCCACAAGCUGUCCAAAUGUCUGUGUUGUCAGACAAUAAGGGCAGGCUUACCAGAUGGCUGAAUCUCACUGAGCACUGAUACACCAGUAAGACAUGACUGAAUGCAUUAUUAUUGCCCACUCUUCAGAUUAUAAAUGAAUUUGCAGCACGUGUACAGAAUCCCUGAGGCCAACUUAUCGAUCUGCCCCUCAACACAGGUGAUAGAUGUAUAUUUGUGUGUUCAUAUUCUUUAGGUGUGAUGAAUAUUGAACAGCUGAGCCUCAGUGUAAAAGCUGAAUUGAGGGCAGUCAUGGUUAUGUAUAAGGACUGCUGUCAGCCACAAAAAGAUGGCAUGUAACACACUAAAUCCAGCGCUCCUCCAUCAUCAUGGCAAACUCAAUUCAUCUUUAAGAAAUUCAUAACUUGAAAGAUGAUAUACUUGUAUCCAUCUGCAUUUAUUUAGAAUCAAACUAAUAUUGUUACUAUACUAACUUGAAACACAACUUUAAUCUCACUAAGAAAACUUUGUAGAUUUGGCUUGUUUAAAAAAAUGUAACAGCAUGUUAAUUUUAAUGUCAUGAGGUUGGUGAGUUAUUUAUGCUUUUGAAGAGGACACAUUUCUGCUACAUAUAUCAGAUAAAUCUGCCUGAUUAUUAUAAACGUGACUACUGCUUUACUCCACUUCAUGAAUUUAACAGAGCUGUGAUCCGUCAUAACCUUUGUUCUAUCACUGCUAACCCCCAAAUCCAGCAGCAUCCCACAUUUUUAAACCAACUGCUGACAAAAACACCAAAUAAUGACAUCCUGUUUUGACUUCCCUUUCAACAAUGUUUACAGCUGUCUUGCUCUGAAUUAUGACGAACCAUGAAUAUUGAAUAUUUGGUGCAUGUGCAUUGAACUUCCUCUGAAGUCCUGUCCAUCCAGACAUAACAAUUCAUCAUGGUAAAUCUGAUUAUAAGUUUAUCCCUUGUAGAUGACCCACACACUUGUUUCUGUCGAUGAUUAAUACAACCUGCUGGGGCAGCCAUGAUGGAUCUGGUGGGGAUCCACAGCUGAAGUUCAUUAAUAAUUGGAAUGUUGUAGAGUGUGAAGUAAUGAAUACUAAUUAUUCCUUUCAUGGCUGACGGAAGACUACAAGCCAAUCCAUCAGCGAGGACUUUAAUUUGGUGGAGUAAUGGUUCUAUCAAUAGUACAUUAAUUCUGGCUUGUGAAGAUAUAGAGUUGAACCAGACCCAGGCCAUGAGGAACCUGUGCCGUAAAAUUGGGGCCUUGCCUGACAUCCAAGGGGUAAUUAGAGAAAAAUGAAAAGCCACCAGGUUCGUCAAGCCAGUGCUAAUUUAAUUGAAAUGCAGGAAGAGAUAAAUAUUAGCUGCUGUGGUGAUAACCUUUCUGAUUUUUCCAGCAUUAUUUCUCCACAGUUCAAGUGACAUCUGGACCCAGAGUGAAGUUUUUGACACAUUUAGAGAUGCAAAUUCAAAUGAGAGGUUGAUGGGGUGACAUGGAGUACCACAGUUAUCAAGAUAGAAAUGGUUUUAACCACCAAAAUUCAAAUAUUGUACAGUAUCACCGUCAUUGUUGUUGCCUUCCUCAUUUUUUUGAUUAUAUUUUAUUAUUGCCUUUGUGAUUGUUCUCACUGUCCCCUUACAGAAAACACUGAUUAUUUCAAGAGUUAUCCUCAGUUAUCCCUUUUUAACUUUGAAUUAAAUGUACUGUAAUAACAGCACAGCCAUCAGAUUAUUGUUGGCUCUCAUGUGAUUUUAUUAAAUUACAAUCUCCUUUUGUGUAGGUACAUUCAAAUUGGGGCAAAGGAGUGUGAAUACAACAGUAAUUUUCAGCUCAUUAUGCACACAAAGUUGGCCAAUCCCCAUUUCCCACCUGAGCUCCAGGCGCAGACGACCCUGAUCAACUUCACAGUGACCCCUGGGGGUCUGGAGGAACAGCUAUUGGGACAGGUGGUGUCCCGGGAAAGGCCUGAACUGGAGGCUCUCAAGGUAAUUCCAGAAGUACUCUAAUUUGAUCAUUUUUUUCACAGAAGUCAGUCCAGGAAGACAAAUAGAAAAUAAGAAAUGUUUCUCCACUUUUCACAAGAUGGAGCUGACCACACAGCAGAACGACUUCAAGAUUGAACUAAAGAGGUUGGAAGAUGACCUGUUGAAUCGCCUCUCUGCUGCCCAGGGUAAUUUUCUUGGAGACAUUUCUCUGGUGGAGCAACUUGAAAACACCAAGGACACAGCCGCUCACAUCCAGCUCAAGGUGAGUUUAUUAAACCAACAGGCUUCCUCAUAGUUGUCCCGCUGUAGCCAAGUGCAUGUGUUCAUUUUCUUCAGUCACAUCAGUGUUUCUGGGCACCACACAGUCCCCUCAUUGCACACACUGCAAAUGGUGUUUAGUUAGGAAUAUGUGUAAUGAGAGGGUUUUGGAGCAUGACUGAGAGCCUAAUAGCUCUUGUUGUGCAACUGGAACACACAGGUGGUGGAGGCCAGAGAGAAUGAGACAAAGAUCAACGAGGCUCGAGAACUUUACCGCCCAGCAUCUGAGAGAGCGUCACUCCUCUUCUUCAUCAUCAAUGACCUCAGCAAGAUUAACCCCAUGUACCAGUUUUCUCUCAAGGUGAAACCUUUAUUCCUGAAGUGUUCUCGGGGGUUACAUAUCUUCUUCUGAAGGGUUUCAGUCGGUGUCACUCCAACCAAAAGUCAUUGAGGUGUAACAGUAGACUGUAGAAAUCAGCUUUAAUUGCUGCUUCGACAUCAAAGCUUCAGUUGGUUUUGGUUUAAGGCAGCUAACAAGUAAAAAUCUUUCAUCCUAGAUAUAUGCACGUUUUCUUUGUCAACCCCUUGUUUUUUAUUCCAGACCUUUAACUCGGUGUUUGAAAAAGCGAUGGAGCGGGCAGAAUGGGAUGAAGACGUGAGGACCCGAGUGCACACCCUAACUGAGGCCAUCACCUAUUCUGUAUUCCUGCACACCAGCCAGGGCCUGUUUGAGAGAGACAAGUUAACCUUCUUGUCACACACUGCCUUCCAGGUGAGGGACUCGGGGCCGCCUCAAAGGUGGGGCCCCCUGUCAUCCUCAUCAAUCAAAGUACUUUUCUGCCCCCACAUUAACUUCAAUUAAAAGCAGUCAGCAGCACCAUACGCUGCUAUUGAUUACCUCUCACAGCGUCCCUCAUGGCGGCUGUUCAGACAGUUGGUUCUGACAGGGGGGCUGGUUCUGAUGGCAUAAUGCAAUUAUCUGUCAUUGGGCCAACUGUUUUCAUCUUAGAAAUAGUGCUGCUCUGAAGCCUGUCCUUCAUACAGCUAUGUUACAUUCAGAGGCAAUUAUUCAGCCUGUAAGAGUUCACCUAAUGGCUUUUCAAGAGUUUUGUUGCAGUUUUUAAUUAUUGAGGACUUGAUUGAAAAGAAAUCAAUGCAUCAUGGAUCAUUACCAACUGCUCUUGGACCUUCCCCUCAGAUUCUGCUGAAAAAGGGCUCCAUCGAUCCACUAGAGUUUGACUUCCUGCUGCGCUUUCCUGUGGAGGCCAGCAAAGUUAGUCCUGUGUCUUUCCUCUCUCCUCAUUCCUGGGGAGCCAUUAAGGUACGGUCUAGUAGACAAAUUGGAUGUCACAUAGUUUAAAGUGUAACGUAUAUUUAACUGAUCAUUAUAAAGAGUCUCAAAAUUCCUGUUGCAUACAGAAGGUUUUACUAUGUACUUUACUUGUAUGUAGACCCUCUCAAUAAUGGAGGACUUCAGUGGACUGGAUAAAGAAGUGGAGAGCUCACCAAAGUGCUGGAGGAAGAUCGUUGAGUCCAGCUGCCCCGAAAAAGAACGACUUCCACAGGAAUGGAAAAAUAAAAGUUCCCUCCAGAAGCUCAUGAUUAUUCGAGCACUUCGCCCUGACAGGAUGACUAACACACUGAGGUGAGUAAGUGUCCCAUUUAAAAUCAGUCUGUCAGUACUGUAACUCAAUUAACUUUUCUGCUAUAAUUUCUUGAAGGAAUUUUGUUGAGGAGCACAUGGGGACAAAAUAUGUGGAGGCGGUCAGGCUGGAAUUUGAAAAACUGUAUGAGGACAGUGGCCCAGCGACCCCUAUGUUCUUCAUCCUGUCUCCAGGAGUUGAUCCCCUCAAAGACAUUGAGAAACUAGGUAACGUGUGUAUGUUUCAUUGUUUACACUGCCUUUCUACUUAAUACUGUUACAAUUCUAAACAAUUUUCUGUCUUUGCAGGACUGAAGCUUGGAUUUUCCAUUGAGAAGGGCAGUCUGCACAACAUAUCUCUGGGUCAGGGGCAGGAGGAAGUGGCUGAGAGGGUUUUAAAAGAUGCCUCAAAACUUGGACACUGGGUCAUUUUGCAGGUAGAAAGCAUCUCUGUUUAGUAACUGAGCUACUAUAGUGAUUCCAGGAUGCUCCACUCGCCAGUCUGUAAUGCACCUAAUGAUAUUAUCUCACCCGGUGAGCAGGAGAAAUAAACUCAAUUUGGUUCAAUAAAAACCAUAAUUGGUUAGAUCAGCUCCAUAAAUGGCUCCUUUAAAAGGAGAAGCAUGUAGCCAAGAAAGUCACUGAAGGGUUUCUUCUUGUUUAUAUCACAGAGGGAUGUUUUUUGAAUGAUUUUUGAACAGAACUGUGCAGAAAAGGGUUUUUUUUAUCAUAUUUACAUUUAACAUCAAAUGUUCAAUCUCUUUGUAACCCUGAAACAAUUUUAGAAAAUCAAUGCAACAAUACAAAAACAACUUUUGAAGUAGAAAUAUACCGACAAACUCGCCAUGAAUAAAUUGUUUGAUCAAUUGUUUGACAAUCUUGUGAUUUUUAAAGAUGUUAAUUUUUUCAGAAUGUGCACUUGGUGGCUCGCUGGCUGUCCUGUCUUGAUGCUCUUUUGGAAGUAGUAGCAGUGGACAGUCACCCAAACUUCAGGGUGUUCAUUACUGCUGAGCCAGCACCAAGCCCUGAGCAGCAUGUGAUUCCCAGAGGCAUCCUGGAGAACGCUAUCAAAAUCACCAAUGAGCCCCCCACCGGCAUGAAUGCCAGUCUGCAUGCAGCCCUCAACAACUUCAGCCAAGUGUGUUGAUUUUAACUAUAAUACAUGCCUUACUUAUUGAUUUUCAUUUGAUUUGAACAUAAUUGAUAGAUUGUAUUUCUUUAUUUCUCUCUGUGUGCUCUUUCAGGACACUUUGGAUAUGUGCUCCAGAGAGCAAGAGUUCAGCUCCAUGUUCUUCUCUCUCUGCUUCUUUCAUGCCUGUGUCACAGAGCGUCGUAAAUUUGGCCCCCAGGGGUGGAACCAAAAGUACCCUUUUAGCACAGGAGACCUCACCAUCUCAGCCAGUGUCCUGCACAACUACUUAGAGGCCAACAGCAAAGUAUACUCAAUAAUAUACAGCAUUUUAUUUAUUUAUUUUUAUAAAAUGUUCCGUUGAUGUUGAAAAUGUUGAUAAAAUCAAAAUAGUUCUUUUAGCUGCUACUUUCCCAAGUUGUGUAAAAUCUCUGACAAUAAUGGUAUUUUGCAUCGGCAUUACUGUCAAAUGUAGAUGUUGCAUUACAGCACAGAGUGUCCUAUUACUUAUUGAAAUCUUUUGUUGUAAUAUGUUUUUUUUUUUGUUUUUUUUUUUGUGAAAGAAAAAUGUUCAUAAUUGUCUUUUUGUACACUUCUGCACUUAGAACAAUAGAACCUAUAAUUUAGCUUAAUUUCAUGAAGACAAAAAAAUCCAUUCUUGGUGUGCUGCACCCCACACAACUCCUAAUGCAUUUCUCCUAGAACUCCUAUUACUCUGGUCACAACCAAUUAUGUCUUGUAGGUAUUCUGCCCUCCAAAAACGAAUGUCCUUCAUUAUGUUAACCAAACAGUAACCUGGAUGUGCGUAUACAGAGAAUUCAUUAGGGGGGCAAUGAAGCGUAAUCCUAAAUGUAAUUACAUGCAGCCAAUGUGACAGUUCACAACGCUACAUAAGUGAUCACUGCAAUUAGAGCUGAUGAAGGAAGCAAUUUGCAAAACAAUACAGGUACAAAUGAUUGUGAACCUCCAGCUUUUGUAAUUUGUUAUGAAUCACAGGUUCUUUUCUUCCUCCUUCACCCUCACAGAUCAUAAUCCCCUGCUGAGGAAAAGACUCCUCUGUCAUACAUUAGACCAGUGUGUGUACAGAAACAUAAUUCUGUUACAUUUUCUUUAACAUGAUUAAGGAGCUCAUUUAGAAACAGGUUACAUCCUUACUUCUCAAAGUCCUAAAAGAGUUAAAAGUAGUGCAGAAGAUGCUCCUUAAAAUGUGCUGAAAACUGUCUUUGUAUUGAUCCUGAUAUCCCCCCUGAAUUAUUUUAAUAUCCACCUUACCCCAGAAGUUAGCUGAAUACUUUUUACUACAUCUGCAUUGUCAUUUCAAACUGUGUCUGCUUUAGUCCAUGCAGGUUCCCUGGCAGGACUUGUGCUACCUUUUUGGGGAAAUCAUGUACGGAGGACACAUCACUGAUGACUGGGAUAGAAGACUGUGUAAGACCUAUCUGCAAGAGCUUUUGCAUCCAAAAAUGGUAAACUUUACAUGUCAGAAGAAUAUGUUCAAGUUUUUCUUUGUGUGUGAUGAAAAAAAAACACCCCAUAGAUAUUUUUGACCAUUUUAAUCUCUUUAAGAUCUUAAGAUCACUUUUUGAAUUUUUUUAAUUCAUUUUAGGUUUGAUUAUUUUCACCGACAGAAAAAAACUCUCAACUCCAUUUCAAUCUUCCUGUUGUUGUAGUUCAUGCGUAGUUCAGGUAAAGGGUGCCCUCUUGGGAUAUAAAUCUAAACUGCAGCAGUGAGUUUAGAUUUGUUGAAUUUUUCUGUCUACAAUUUGUGAGAGUUACUUCUCUUUGUAUUCUUCACCACUUCCAUGAGCUCCAAGUGUUGUAAGGUGAAUAUUUGGGGAGCAUUUACCCAGUUGAAGAAACUUCAUUAGGGAUUUUCUGUGUUCGUUUCACACAAUCAAACCUCCUCCAGUUUGUUUCUGCUGAGAGUCACUGUUGAUCAAAGGAGAUGUGAUUUGGACAAUCAGACACCAAUCAGUGUUUUAUAACGAGUUUACUCUUGUGCCGCUAUUGAUUCUAUUAAUCUGUGACCAAACACAGACACAUAAGACAGUUCAAGAUGGAUAUUCUUGUUCUCUUUAAUUGUGUGCCGCAGCAUCUAAGUUUUCAUUUUUGAUUUUCAAUUCACAGUUUGAAGAUGAGCUCUCUCUUUGCCCUGGGUUCUUUGCCCCUCCACUCAUGGACUACAGCGGCUACCACAGCUAUAUCGAUGAACACCUCCCACUUGAGAACCCCACUCUGUAUGGUCUCCAUCCUAAUGCUGAGCUGGAGUGCCUUACUGUCGCCUCAGACAACCUCCUACGAUCUAUGCUGGAGCUGCAGCCUCGAGACUCCUCUAGAGGAGAGGGGGCCGGUCAGAGCACGGAGGACAAGGUGAAGAACUAUUAAAGCCGAAAAAGUAACUCUGAAUACACUCAUCUGCCUCUAUGAGGACCCUUACCAUGAAUAUAAUUCUUUUCAGGUCAAGUCUGUCAUUGAAGACUUCCUUGAUAAGCUUCCUGAGGAUUAUAACAUGGCAGAGAUCAUUGCAAAGACAACAAAGCGAAGCCCCUACAUCCAAGUCUGUUUCCAGGAGUGUGAGCGAAUGAAUCUCUUGCUAGCAGAAAUUAGGAGGUCUCUUAAUGAGCUGGAUCUUGGCUUGAAGGUGUGGUCACUGUGAGAAAUUAUAGCUCUUUUGUAAUUAGUAAGACUGUAAAAUGAUGGGAUUUAACAAAGUGCUGUUAAUCCGCAGGGGGAACUCACCAUCUCCUCCAGUAUGGAGACUCUGCAGUCAGCCUUGUUCAAUGACUGUGUUCCAGAUUCCUGGGCCAGAAUGUCAUACCCCUCCACUAAAACACUGCCACAGUGGUACCUACUCCUGUACAACUACAUAAACACUGACCUUUGUUAGGGAAAAAUACCUUUAAACAUGAAGUAAAUCCUCAACGCAAUGACAUGUUGUGUAUUUGAUUUAUUUUGUAGGUUUAGUGAUCUCAUGUGUAGCUGUCGAGAGCUGGACAGCUGGACUCAAGACUUGGUUCUUCCUGCAGUUUUUUGGCUCUCAGGGCUCUUCACCCCACAGUCCUUUCUCACCGGUGAGGUCAAAAUCUCUAACCUAAUGCUAGUGAUUAUUGAAAAAUAAAUCAGAAGUAUUAACAGGCAGAUUUUUUUUUGCCCAGCUGUGCUGCAGAGCAUUGCUCGCAAAAAUCAGUGGCCCCUGGACAAAAUGACCUUGACUGUGGACGUAACGAAAAAGACGAGAGAUGACUUUGGACAUCCACCACGGGAGGGGGCCUACAUUCACGGACUCUACAUGGAAGGUCAGAAUUGUUUAAUUGUGAUUAUUAAAUUAUUUUCUUGCAGUUAACAAAGAUUUUUAACAGUAUUUUGAAACAACACAAGCCUGUCAGAUUAUCUGGUGAUCAAACCCAAAGUUGAGCAUGUCCUGUGUCCUCUCAGGAGCUCGUUGGGACACUCAGUCUGGACUCAUCUCUGAGGCGGUUUUAAGGGAUCAGACUCCUGCCAUGCCUGUGCUGUAUGUCAGAGCUGUGCCUGUAGAGGAGCAGGAGCUGAAGAAUACUUAUGAGUGUCCGCUGUACCGCACUAAACAGCGUGGGCCCACAUAUGUGUGGACCCUCCACCUUCGAACCAAACAGCCGCCUGCCAAAUGGAUUGUUGCUGGAGUGGCGCUGCUGCUGUCUGUGUGA